AUGGAGGACAUGCUGCGGAGCCUAUUAGAUGAGCUACACCGGAACAUUGCAACCGACAUCGGGCAGUUCCGGGAGGAAAUCAAUGGUGUCUCGGCACGCUUGCAACACACUGAAUUAAACACCACGGAUCACGAGAACCGCAUACAAACACUGGAGAGACAGAUGGCUGCCUUACAACAAGAACAGACACAAGCCAAAGAAAAUAUGGCAGUAAUGGAAGACAAAAGGCGCUGGAAGAAUAUUAAAAUUAGAGGCCUGCCUGAUACACUAGAGCCUGCGGAGUUCCGCACCUAUUCCGCAGUAUGCGCAAUACGUUAUUUCCCGCCAAACAGGCCAAGGCGAUGCCUCUAG